AUGUUUUGUCUAACCUAUAUUCUCCUUCUUCCCAAUUCUCUUUCAGAUAGCAGUUCUGUGGAUGAAAAGGCUCGGAUAGUAAGUGGAAGUUCUUUGGAUACUUCCAAGCUUUAUGCAGACCAAGCAUUUAGCGGUGCUGGCCGUGGGCUGUAUGGAAUUGAUAGCAUGCCAGACCUGCGUAGAAAGAAAUCUUUUCCCAUUGUUCGAGAUGUGGCUAUGACACUUGCAGCUCGGAAGUCUGGCAUUUCUAUGGCCAUGCUCAUCCGGACCUCCAUAAACAAUGAUGAAAUGAAAACACAUGUCUUCAAGAAGACAUUGCAGGCUUUGAUCUAUCCAAUAUCAUCAACUACACCUCAUAACUUUGAAGUUUGGACAGCUACAACUCCCACGUACUGUUAUGAAUGUGAAGGUCUACUCUGGGGCAUAGCACGACAAGGCAUGAGGUGCACUGAAUGUGGAGUCAAAUGCCAUGAGAAGUGCCAAGAUCUCCUAAAUGCUGACUGUUUGCAGAGAGCUGCUGAGAAAAGUUCCAAACAUGGUGCAGAAGAUAAAACACAGAAUAUUAUUAGUGCUAUGAAGGAAAGAAUGAAGAUUAGAGAGAAAAAUAGACCAGAGGUGUUUGAAGUGAUCCAGGAAAUGUUUAAUAUUUCAAAAGACGAUUUUGUACAAUAUACAAAAGCAGCAAAACAAAGUGUUUUGGAUGGAACAUCCAAAUGGUCGGCAAAAAUAACCAUCACAGUUCUUUGUGCUCAGGGCUUGCAGGCUAAGGACAAAACUGGCUCAAGUGACCCAUAUGUUACUGUGCAAGUUGGCAAAACCAAGCGGAGAACAAAGACUAUUUUUGGAAACUUGAAUCCAGUAUGGGACGAAAAAUUCUAUUUUGAAUGCCAUAACUCUACAGAUAGGAUAAAAGUGAGAGUGUGGGAUGAAGAUGAUGACAUCAAAUCAAGAGUAAAACAACAUUUCAAAAAGGAAUCAGAUGACUUCCUUGGGCAAACAAUCAUUGAAGUAAGAACACUGAGUGGAGAAAUGGAUGUAUGGUAUAAUUUAGAAAAGCGAACGGAUAAAUCAGCUGUCUCUGGUGCCAUUAGAUUGAAAAUCAAUGUUGAAAUCAAAGGAGAGGAGAAAGUUGCUCCCUACCAUGUGCAGUACACCUGUCUACACGAGAAUCUAUUCCAUUACUUGACGGAAGUUAAAUCCAAUGGUGUUGUAAAAAUCCCUGAAGUGAAAGGUGAUGAAGCCUGGAAGGUGUACUUUGAUGACGCUGCACAAGAAAUUGUAGAUGAAUUUGCAAUGCGCUAUGGAAUUGAAUAUAUUUAUCAAGCUAUGACGUAA